CGCGUCAGCUUCGGUUCUCUCAACACUUGAAACGUCCAACGCUUUUAUCAAAGCACAAUAAUGCCUCCCAAAAAACGUAAUUUGACUGAGUCAGAGACACCGCGGUCCGGAUCCCGUCGCCACUCUACUCGACUAAGCUCUGCCGGGAAGAAGAGCUCCUAUUUCGAGAAUGACGUAGAUGACUCUGACAGUGAUGGACCGCCGCGUAAAGCUUCGAAGACCUCCACCAACUUAUCAUGCUCUAAGCGGAAAUCUCAGGUCAACCUGUCAGAUGAUGAAGAUCAAUAUGAGAAUGAGGAUAUAGACGAUGAUAAUGGGGAUAGCGAUGUUUUCAAUGAGGAUGAGGAUUCCGCGACGCCGCCCCCGCCCAAAUCUGGUGCCGGAAAGCGCGGACGGGGCCGACCACCCAAAAACUCAACUGUACAGCUGCAAAAAGCAGCAUCGCAGACAAAAGUGGUCAAAUCCGGAUCUACCGUUAAAAGGCGCGGGCCGCCUGCAAAUGCGCCGACACCUCCGAAUACCAAGCGACAGGGUCAGGUGACUCGUAGCGGCAACGAAGACGAAGACGACGCUGAGCUGGAUGAUGAUGACGAUGACGAACCACAAGUCACUUUCACUCCAUUGCCAAAGCUUCGCGACACUGAUGGUAUUGACUAUGAAGACACAAAAGUACACCCGAAUACCCUCCUCUUUUUGGGUGAUUUGAAGGCAAAUAAUAAGCGGAGUUGGUUAAAGAUGCACGAUCCGGAAUACCGACGUUCACUCAAAGAUUGGGAGUCUUUCGUCGAGACGCUAACAGAUAAGAUUAUUGAGGCUGAUGAGACAAUACCGGAACUGCCUAUCAAAGACGUCAUCUUUCGCAUCUAUCGCGACAUCCGCUUUAGCAAAGACCCAACUCCUUAUAAGCCUCAUUAUUCAGCUGCGUGGUCUCGUACUGGUCGUAAAGGCCCCUACGCUUGCUACUACGUGCAUGUAGAACCUGGGCGUUGUCUUGUAGGCGGCGGGCUAUGGCAUCCCGAGGCCCAGGCCCUCGCAAAAUUGCGCGCCAGCGUCGACGAACGGCCUCACCGUAUUCGACAGGUGCUCACGGACCCCGGAUUUGUCCGCACUUUUCUCCCAAGUGCCGUCGGCAAGAAGGAAGACAAGAUUCUGAAAGCGUUUGCCGACAAGAACCAGGAAAACGCGCUCAAAACUAGGCCUAAGGGAUUCAUCCCAGAUCACCGCGACAUCCACCUCUUGAAAUUGCGUAAUUACACCGUUGGCUGUCAAAUAUCCGAUGAAGACCUCCAUAGCGACAACGCACAGGACAAGAUCAUGGAGAUUAUUCGUGCUAUGGUGCCGUUUAUUACAUUUUUGAACAAUGUCGUCAUGCCGGAUCCUGGGGUUGACAGCGAUUCGGACGAGAAUGAAGAAGAGGGAGACGAUAAUGAUGGAAAUAAUGAUGAUGAGGAGGAGGAGGAGGAGGAAUGAUUCAAGCCCGUAGCAGUCCCUUUUCGUAUAUAUUGUAAGAUCCUGUGGUAACGAUGUCGCUUUGGUAUAUCUAAAUAUCCUCAUCCUGUGUAUAUACAUGGCAAUGAUUCAGUCUACACUAAUUGUAAGCUAUAU